CUCUCAAGCUCUAUACCUUAAUUCUUAGUUACAUUUUACAAUUAAGCUAUUGUUUUGGUCCUCGUGAUCAGUGAAAACAAUGGCAAACCAAGAAACAUUUGGAAGGUUUUCCAGCUGCCGAGGUGUGUCUUUUGAGAUCAAACCUCAUUUAGAUCCAUUUGCCAUCCCAACUCGCGUCAUGAAUGAGCCUCCUCGCGGCAGCAAAAGAUUUUGGCUUCCUUGGGGAAGCUCUUCCAAAAUUGUCCCAUCCUCAGCUAUGCUUGAAAGGACCAUGAGUCGAGCCAGUAGCCAUUUCUGUGAUCUGGACCUCGAUGAUGAUGAAGAUGACGAUGACCCGUUGAGGGCCAUAGAAGAAGGCCACUACGAGGAGGAGGAACUGAAGGCAAUUCCACUCCCUCUUCCACCUGCCAAGAGCAAACGCGAACAACCAUCCAAGCCUACUAAGCCAAAAGAGUCAAGACUGUCUGUUAUAUUGCUUGAUCAAGGCUUGUUCACUGUCUACAAGCGACUCUUCGUAGUUUGCUUGGCUUUGAACAUCACUGGCUUGGUCCUUGCAGCAAUUGGGCAUUUCCCAUAUGCAAGGAACAGAGCUGCUCUGUUCUCUAUUGGGAACAUUCUUGCUUUGACACUCUGCCGAAGUGAGGCCUGCCUGCGAGUUGUCUUCUGGCUGGCGGUGAACGUCUUGGGUUGGUCAUGGGUGCCUCUAAGACUCAAGACAGCCACCACAUCCCUCUUGCAGUGUCUUGGUGGCAUACACAGUGGCUGUGGUGUCUCAUCUGUGGCGUGGCUUGUAUAUGCCUUAGUCCUCACUCUCAAGGACAGAGACAACACUUCACCUGAGAUCAUUGCUGUUGCCUCCACCAUUCUGUCUCUUCUCUCCCUAUCUUGUUUGGCAGCAUUCCCUCUUGUCCGACAUCUCCAUCAUAACAUAUUCGAAAGGACUCAUCGUUUUGCUGGAUGGACAUCUCUUGGACUCCUUUGGGCCUUUAUCAUACUCACAAUCUCUUAUGAUCCACACACCAAAUCCUACAGCAAUGAACUUGGUUCUAGGUUGAUUAAACAGCAGGAAUUUUGGUUAACAGCGGCCAUUACAUUACUAAUUAUCAUCCCAUGGCUGACUGUGAGACGUGUCCCGGUUAAGGUCUCUGCGCCUUCUGGCCACGCCUCCAUUAUCAAGUUUGAAGGAGGAGUGAAAUCGGGUAUCCUGGGGAGGAUUAGUCCAUCGCCCUUGUCAGAAUGGCAUGCCUUUGGCAUCAUUUCUGAUGGAAAGCAAGAGCACAUGAUGCUGGCUGGUGCAGUUGGUGACUUCACAAAGUCCUUGGUCUCCAACCCACCAAGCCACCUAUGGGUUCGACAGGUGCACUUCGCAGGCUUGCCUUAUCUUACCAACAUGUAUGACAGGGUUCUGCUGGUGGCAACUGGUUCAGGAAUAUGCGUGUUCUUGUCAUUCCUGUUGCAGCCAUGUUCGGCUGAUGUUUGCGUGCUUUGGGUGGCCAAAGGGAUUGAACAGAACUUUGGGAAGGAAAUCAAAGAGAUGAUGAGUGGACACCCUAAGGAGAAAGUGAUUGUCCAUGACACUGCUGUGCUUGGAAGGCCUAACGUCUCUCAAAUGAGCGUGGAUGCUGCUAAAAGAUGGGGUGCUCAAGUUGUGAUUGUAACCAGCAAUCCUGAAGGGAGCAGAGACGUUGUCAAUUCAUGCAAGGCUGCAGGCAUUGCUGCCUUUGGCCCCAUUUGGGAUUCUUAAAAUUCAGCAUGCAAUAUAUAUAUAUAUAUAUAUAUCAUAGUGUGUGUUUUUGAAGGCAUCAGCAAAAGGGAUAACAAUAAAUAAGGGGCUGAUACAUGCUAUGUUGAUAAUAUGUUUGUUUUACAUUUUUAUGCUUGACGUAAGAGCCUUUCCAGGAUUCAACUGAGUGAUCAAGAAUGUAAUAUUACUAUUUACAUGUGUGUAAUAUUAUCUAAUUUAAAUGAUUAAAAUUGGUCAAGAGAAUUAUGAUUACAUGAUCAUCAUGUUCUUUCUUCUUUUUUUCUUUUC